CUUCGGGCACAGCAGUGCAUGACACUGCUCACUCGAUCACAGACCAAGGCCAUGGACCGGAAGGCGGGGGAAUCCCUCCUGAGCUAUGAGGAACGCCUGGCGGCAUUCAUUCAAGAGGCCAACGAUAGGGCCGCCGCUGCGGCCAAGGAACGUCAGCAGCUUGAACAAGAGGAGGAGGCCAAGCGACAGAAGGAGGAACGGGACCGACUUCGUCAAGAGGAGGCAGACCUGCAAGCGGCAGCUGAACACCGGUCACACCAGCGGGAACGACUAUUCACACGGGAGACCGUGAUCGGCGAGGAGGCCGCACGUUGGGUGGAAAUGGCAUCUACAGACGAGGCCCCGGAGACUGAGAAAGGGUUGUCAGCCCUUGCACAGGUCUCCCACGACCUCGUGGCCACCUGCGCUCUGCAGCAGGAGGAAAUCCUCCACCUGCAGCAGACAGUGGACCAGAUGCUCGCACGGCUGCAGGCGUUGGAAAAACAGCCAGCAGCUGUAGCAGCCGCAGGGCCUGCAAACCUUGCGACCCGCGUUCAAGUCUUGGAGGACGACGUCGGCAAUAUCAAGCGUGCGCAUCAGGACUUCCGGACGUCGCAGCAAGCAACGAACUUGCAGUUGGAGACGCAGGUCCAGGCGGCUGCCACCGUGACGCUCGCCGCCGCAUCCUCCAGGCGCCCACCCAAGCUAGAUGACAUUCCUGUCUUCUGCGAUCAGUCCAAGACGGAACCGAUCCCGUGGUGGCGCCAGUUUACUCUCCGGCUCGACAUGCACCAUAUCCCGAACAACGAUCCACAUCCGUGCUUGUACCACCGAUCUGGUGGUGCGUGUCAAGCAUGGCUGGACAACAUCUUGACCAGCCACGGCGUAGCAGUGUCGGAACUACACACCAAGCUCACUUGGCAGGAGUUGACUGACGUCUGGCACAAGCGAUUCCAAGUGGAGCCGCCCGACCUGCAAGCGAUGGACAAGCUCAACAAGCUCCAUCAAAACACGCUGCUCAGUCAGGACUGGAUCACCGAGUUUCAAAGACUCGCCUCCACACCUAACCUGCCGCUCGCAUUCCGCGUCAUCAAGCACUUGUUUAUCAUGCGCUCAUGUCCGGCGCUGCAAAACGCGCUUACGCAGAUUGAAGAGACACUCGACACAUCCGACAAGCUUUUUAGUACAGCGUCACGGAUCAUUCUGACAAAUAUCGAAGCCCGCAAUGCAGGCCGAUCUUUCGCGACGACGAGCGGCACCCAGCUCAAGCCAAAGGUGGCUUGCAUUAUUUCUUCCGAGGCUGCAACACCAAACGAGGGUGAAGUGUUGGCAGCUGUCCGGGAUGGUCGCCGGCCGCGCAACAACCAUGGCCGCGACAAGACGAAGACUCRAUCCACCUCAACACCGAGCACCGGAUCAGCCGCCGACGAACCUUGGGUACAAUACGGACUCUCGGCAAACUCUUAUCGCACGCGACUCAAGUACCGGUAUUGCCUUUGGUGCAACAGCACCAUCCACGAUGCUGCACAUUGCCCCACCAAGGGGAAACCCCGUCAGGGAAAGUAGGCGCCGCCGAGGGAUACUCGACACCUCCCUCGACGCCAUCGGAAGCGGUUGUGGCCACGACC